AAAAUUGUUUAUUGAGACCGAAUAAAACGGGCGAAUAUUGAAAAGUUAUUUUUUAAAACAUAAAAAAUAUUAAAACAUUGAAAAAUAUUCAUUAUUGUGUUUGGAAAACUUAUCUAAAUUAAUAAGUGUUAAACAAUGGAAAAAAUUGGAAUUCGUCGACCAUCCCCUUCAGAUUCAUCAACAUUGAAAAAACCUCAACGUCAUAGUUUAGCAAAAUCGUCAUCCAACAUGGCUGCAAUGAACAAUGCUCUCGCACAAUAUAAACUUUUAAAAGCAGAAUGGAGUAAAAAAACACCAAAUUUAGAUAAAUGUGGUGAAUUGCUAGAUAAUCUUAAGAUUGCAUUAACCCAUUUAAUAUUUUUACCAACAUCAAAUACAAAAGCAUCUAAAGAAGAAUUAUUAAUUGCUCGCGAUGUUUUGGAAAUUGGAGUGCAAUGGAGUGUCGCCAAAGGAGAUAUACCUUGCUUUGAACGUUACAUGUCUCAAUUGAAAUGUUAUUAUUAUGAUUACAAAGGCGAAAUUCCAGAAUCCCCUUAUAAAUAUCAAUUAUUAGGAUUAAAUUUAUUAUUCUUAUUAUCACAAAAUCGUGUGGCAGAAUUUCAUUCUGAAUUAGAAUUAUUACCAGUUGAAAAACUUCAAGAUAUUUAUAUUCGACAUCCAUUGUCUUUGGAACAGUAUUUAAUGGAAGGAAGCUAUAAUAAGAUAUUUUUGGCCAAAGGAAAUGUUCCAGCACAAAGCUACAACUUUUUUAUGGAUAUAUUAUUGGAUACAAUUCGCGGUGAAAUUGCAGUGUGUUUGGAAAAAGCCUAUGAGAAAAUAUCAUUUACUGAAGCCGCUAGAAUGCUUUAUUUGAAUAACCAACAAACAAUUUUAGAAUAUGGAAAUAAGAAAAAUUGGAGAAUAGGUGAUGAUAAUGGAUUCCAUUUCCAGCCAGAAGUAAAGAAAAUUGAUGAGCCAAUACCAUCUGUUGAACUAGCUGAACAAGCAUUAGCAUACGCUCGAGAAUUAGAAAUGAUCGUUUAAUUUAUUAAUGAAAUCUUCUUUUGGAAUUAAACCUAUUUUUUUUUUGUGAAUGAAUUUUGAAUGG